GUAUUCCAAAUGUAACCUUUGAAACAUGGUUAAUUUUCAGACCAAAUACACACUGAUAGAUGAGCAAGACAUACCGUUGGUGGAGAGCUACUCCUUUGAGGCUCGAAUGGAAGUGGAUGCGGAUGGAAAUGGUGCUAAGAUAUUCGCCUAUGCCUUUGACAAAAACCGAGGAAGAGGCUCUGGUAGGCUUCUUCAUGAGCUGCUGUGGGAACGACACAGGGGAGGUGUCGCUCCCGGGUUUCAGGUUGUACAUCUCAAUGCUGUGACUGUCGACAAUCGUCUGGACAACCUACAGCUAGUGCCGUGGGGCUGGCGGCCCAAAGCUGAAGAGACUUCCAGCAAACAAAGGGAGCAAAGCUUAUACUGGCUCGCAAUCCAGCAGCUUCCCACAGACCCUAUAGAAGAGCAGUUCCCUGUCCUUAAUGUGACCCGGUAUUAUAAUGCCAAUGGGGAUGUGGUGGAAGAGGAGGAGAAUUCCUGUACCUACUAUGAGUGUCAUUACCCUCCCUGCACAGUGAUUGAGAAGCAGCUUCGUGAGUUCAACAUCUGUGGGCGCUGCCAGGUGGCCCGGUACUGUGGCUCUCAGUGCCAGCAGAAGGACUGGCCUGCCCAUAAGAAGCACUGUCGGGAGAGGAAGCGUCCCUUCCAGCAUGAGCUUGAGCCAGAGCGAUGACGGGCUGAAGAGGUGCCACUGCCUCAGGUUCAAGGCUUCCAGCUCUUCAUGGGCACAGCGGAAGACAGACUGGCAGUUGAAUCUGGAGGUGCCAAAGAAGCCAGUAGCGGGUCCAGAACAGCUGCCUUGAGACCUCACAGUAUAUGCAGCCUGUGAGGAUCAGUGCCCCUCCAGUGUUCAUCUCCAGCAAAGACAACAGGGAGGCUCCCCAGGACCUUUCUCAUUAUUUAUAUGUUAAUAUGUUUGUAAACUCAUGUACAGUUUUUUUUGGGGGGAGGCAAAGGGAGGGUUAGAAACUUCAAAUAGAAUCAUUUGUUGUAUUCCUCAAAUGACAAACAGUCGCCACUCGGCUAGA